CAAAGUGUACCAAAGUUAGACCUGAAUAACAGAGGGGGAUAAAAACAGGUAACACAAAAGUAGGGAUAGAUAAAACUGUUUGUGUAUAUAAUACAUACAAAAUUCUCUCAAUGUAUAUGUAUUUUUCGUGACGGUUGGAAGUUGGAAACAGCAGUUGAAAGAGAUGCUUCAUGUUGCAGUUGAAAUUUUUUUCUUGCACACGCUUUACCUGUUGUUACAUACAUUUUGCAAGUGUUUGACCACAUGUUUUUUUUAAUAUUCAAAUAAUAAAUAGCACAUAUAUAUAUUAAUUAAAGAAUUCAGCAAUCAUAAUUAUAAUUACAAAUAACUAAGUGAUUAAAAUUAAAAAAAAAAAAAAAGGAUGCAUUAAAUAUUAACAAUAACAAAAAUAGUUGAUUGUUUAUAAUAAAUAUUUAUCAGUGUUUUUAUGUUGUUCAAUAUAAUUAUUCUAAUUGCCGGCUCAAAAGGACACUAAUAACAACUGUAUAUUUUUUUUUUUUUUUUGGAGCGGUAAAAGUUUGUGUUGCAUGAAAUGUCUAUAGAUGGAUAGGCACUGUUGCAGUGUUGACUCCGAUAUUAUUUGAGUGGGUAGAUUUUUUAAUUAAAAUUAAUAGAUGAUACCAAAAAGAAAGUUAAAAAAUAAUACAAGAUAAUAGAAAAUAUAUAUUUAAAAAAAAAUAAAAGAGCCCUAGCGUCUUUGGCUUGCUACAUCAUCUUGGUCGCACAGAAUUUCUUCUCAUAUCGUUGGAUUUUAAUACACGUUGAAAAUCCAGUGGAAUGUGGCACGAGACUUAUACGCGUGGCAAAUGAGCCCGUGGGAAGUGACGAAGAUUGGCGAAUGCUGGCGAAGUCAACAUUUUCAUUCGAAGAAGGAAGCAAAGAGUGAAGAAAGAAGAUAUAUACCUAAUAAAAAAAAUAAAUAAUAAAAAAAUUUAAAAAAUAAAUAACUACAUAUAUAUAUACAGGCAUAAAAAAAAAAAAAAAAGAAAUAAAGUUGAAUUGCAAACGGGGCGAGAUAUGCCCGCGGCCAUCAUCGUCGUAUAAUUAGUUGGAUCAGUUGGCUGGAAAGGACGGAUGGGCUGGCAAAGAAAGGUGGAAAUAAAAGGAAAAGGAAGUAGUAAUCCAAGAUGUAUGCAAGUGCAAGAGAAAAUAAUAAUAAUAAUCCAAGAUAGCAUAUAUAUAAGUUAGGAUUUAAUGAAUAAUGAGAAAGAAAGAUAAUAUGUGAAUAGAAAAAAUGUAAGAAAAGAAGAAAAAAAAAAAAAAAAGCGGAAGAGCAAAAGAUUUAAAAAGAAAAAAGAAAAAAAAAAAAUUUAAUAGUAAAAAAAUUUUUGUAUAAAAUUUAAAUAAUUAAGUUAUGCUAAAACACAUACCAACGGUACAGCCGUCAUCAGGCUCCCGUAAUAAUAAUAAUCAUUCACAUCAUCAUAAUGAUUAUGGAAGUCAAACAAUAUCAACAAAUUUACAUCAUCAACAUAUUGGUGGUAGUACACGUUUAUCAGCACGUGAACAAUCAUCAAUAUAUGAUUCAUUGAUACAUCCAUCAAAAUUAAAUCAACAAAUACCAACAGUACAUAGACAUCCAUUAAAUCAUUCACAAUUAAGUGUUAAUAAUUUAUCAAGACUUAAUAAUUCACAUGGAUUAAAUUUUUCAACAUUAUCAACAUCAAAACAUUCAAUUGACAGUACAAGUCCAGUUGGUGGUAAUGAUAUUGGUCCAAUGAAUAAUAUAAAUAAUCAUUCAAUAUUACAUCAUCAUCAUAAUCAUAAUCCUUAUCAUCACCAUCAUCAUCAUCAUCAUAAUAACAAUAAUAACCACAGCAACAACAACAACAUCAACAAUACUAAUACUAAUAAAAAUAAUAACAAUAAUAAUAAUUUAAAUAAUUAUAAUUCAGGACAAACAAGUUUAACAACAACACAAUUGAAUGGAGAACAACGUAUAAUGCAUAAUCAAAUAAAUGGAGGUUUGGAUAUAUCAAGAUUAUCAAGAUUACCAAGUCAAACAACACCAUCACCAGCACCAGUUAAUAAUAUAACAUCAGCAACAGUUUUAACAUCAAAUACAGCACCUGUUGCUUCUUCCGUAAUCCAUGCACCUGUCAACCGACAUACGCAACUCGCAACAAUAACACAAGCUAAUAUAUCAUCUGGUGAUGAACAUAUUGCAAAUCAAUUGGAUACACAAUGGAUACCAUUUUGUUUAAAAGGACAUAAUAUCAAUAAUAAUAGUCAUAAUAAAAAUUCAGAAAAUGGUGUUAAAGAAAUGUUAUCAUUUCUUGGUUUAUUAUGUCUUGUAUCACUUUUAUUUGCAAUUUUAUCACAUAUUUUUUUAUUAAAAAUAUCACCAUUAAAUCCAAUGCCAAGUAGUUUCAUAAGUCCUGAAGAAUAUAAUAUUGUUUAUGAAGUAACACUUGUACUAUGUGCACUUGCAUUGUGUUUAAAUUUGUGUUGUUUACUUGUUUGUGCAAUACAAUUUUUAUUUGCAAUGAAACUUGUUAAAUCUUCAUACAAUCAAACAUAUCGCACAAGUUUGUACCUGCAAAAAUCAUCAGCCAGUAGAAUGUGUGCCGUUGGCGGAUUCUUCAUCAGCAUUCCCAUCUUCCUUACUGGUAUGAUACUCUAUACCUUUUUGCAAUAUCACUCGACUCCAGCAAUUGUUAUGUCAGUUUUUAUUGGUAUUGGAAUUGUUUUUUGUGGAUGCGCAAUGGUACACAAUGUCUUUGUAUGGCAAAGAGAAAAAACGAAUGCAAUGAAGGAAGUUGCACGAGCACAGUGCGAAGCAGCAGCACAAUUGCAGCUGCAACAUCAACAACAACAGCAACAACAACAGCAACAGGAACAACAGGAACAUCAAUCAACAAAUAAUCAACAUCAGGCUAAUAAUAAAAAUCAAGUUAUUUCAAGUAUAUCACGUGGUAAUAAUUGUGGAACAAUUAAAAACAAUAAUUUUGCUCAUAUUCAUCGUGGUAAUCAGUAUCAUAAUCAAUCACAAAAUCAUCAUGAUUUAUUGAGACAUGUACCAUUGUCACCAACAUUAUUGACACUGUCAACAAGUCCAGGUUGUCAUAAUCAUUCAAAUAUUGAUGUUCAUCGUAUACCAGUUAGUCCAUCAACAACACCAGCUGAUGAUCAUUCACCAACAAGUCCAUUAAAUAAAUCAUUAAAUCGUUCACAACAUCAUAUACAAAGAGAUGCAUCAGGAAGUAUUAGCCCAGGACUACCAAUUGCAACACUUGAUUUAAGUAGUGCUGCUACGACAAAUAGUCCUCAUGAACUUUCUACACUUGUUUAAAUAUUAUUUAUUAUUUAAACUAAAACAAAAAGCAUUUUGCCAUUUUCUCAAAGCAAAACAUCUAGUCCACCAAAUUAACAAACAUUUUUUUUUUUUUUAUUAUUAUUUUUAUAUCAUUCAUUAGUUAUUUUGGAAUUUUUGAAAAUUUAUUUUUCUAAUAAUCGUAUUAAACGAAAAAAAAAAAGACA